AAAAAAAAAAAACANAAGAGAGAAAAAGAGGAAAACCCUUCAAGAAAAAUUGCAUCUUUAUCAUCACUAUCAUCCUUCACUAUUCUACCGCCAUCCCUAGUCCUUGUCCACGGAUAUGGAUUUUUAGAUGUAGCCCUGUUGUUAAUUUCUAUGGUUAAGCCUACACUGAGAGAAUCUAGCUAGGUUUGCUUACAGGAUCCCACAAAUCUGAGAUAGAGAAGGGAAAACCCUUUCUUCACUGAUCUCUGUACUUUUGUAGAAGAAAAGAUUUGAGCUUUAUUUUAUCUGUUCCGUAAUUUUUAGUCUGAAUCCUUUUUUGUGGAUAAUCUAUUGCUCUGAGUGUCGUUAUCUGCCGUGAAGGUGUUAUAGUGCCUUUUUUCUUGUAUUUGAUCCAAUGGCUGCUGGUGCAGAGGUUUCUGAUGAGGCAGCAGUUGUUGCUACGACCAUUAUUAGUGAAGGGAAAAUUGAUAAUUCAGAUUCUGUUGAGUCUAGGGAAAAUGACGUGGCCGAUGAUGGUCAUAAGGGCUCUGAUCCGAACCCGAAAUCGGGAAUGCAAAUGAAGGAAAUUGUUGAUAUGCUGAAGAAGCUAAAGUUGAACCCCAUGGCCAAGGAGUUUUUCCCUUCCUCCUAUCAUCAGGGCCAAAUGGGGGCUAACAAUCUUGUGCCUAAUGAUAAGAAUUUUGGAAUUGAUGGGGUUCCGAACAAUCGAAGGAGAAGGAGUAACUACAACAAUGGUAAGAAAAGAAUGAGUGGCAGAGCUUCUAGAGCUCAGAGAGAAGAUAGUGUUAGACGAACUGUUUACGUAUCUGACAUUGAUCACAAUGUUGUUGACUGUCGAGUUUGCGGGGAUCCACACUCCCAUCUUCGAUUUGCUUUUGUGGAAUUUGCUGAUGACUAUUCUGCUAGAGCUGCUCUUAGUCUUAACGGGACACUUUUGGGUUUCUCCCCCGUGAAAGUUUUACCUUCCAAAACUGCCAUUUUACCUGUGAACCCAACUUUCCUUCCUAGAUCAGAGGAUGAGCGUGAGAUGUGCGCAAGGACAGUCUACUGCACAAACAUUGAUAAGAAGGUUACUCAAGCUGAUGUCAAGAAUUUCUUCGAAACAAGAUGUGGCGAGGUCUCACGCUUGCGGCUCCUUGGGGAUCACGUGCACUCGACAAGGAUUGCUUUCGUAGAAUUUUACAUGGCUGAGAGUGCAAUAGUGGCACUCGAUUGUUGUGGUGAGGUUCUUGGAUCCCAACGCAUCAGGGUAAGUCCUUCAAAAACACCCGUGAGGCCUCGUAGUCCGCGCCCCGGAAUGCAGUUCUUGUUCUGUAAUGGACUGAUGUUAGUUGGGGGAAAAAGUGGACAUGGUGAAAUGCCUGUGAGCUGUACAUAAUAAACGUAGCUUUUCAUGAUUUAUUCUGAGUUACUCGCAUUUAGUCAUCUGAGACAAGUGAAUGUGCAGCCGAACGAACGAUAGUCUUUGUGUCACGUCAUUAGCAGCGGUGUUUCUUCAGUAAAAUGUCGUCCCGGCAUAUCCGGUCUGGCUCCGCCGGAAUUAGCGUGAGAAAACCACAGAAUGCAAAAGAGGCUGCUCAGAGGCUGGCUCAGGUUAUGGCCCACCAGCCGGCAGACGAGGAAGAAGAAGAAGAUGAUCUCUUGUACGAUUUCGAUUCAUCUGUUCCUUCUGCUGGCAUUGGUCUUGCUGGAGGAAGAAGGCACUCUAGGACUCGUUCGCCGCUGUCAGUUCGUAAACCAGUCGAUCAACUUCCUUCCUCUUCACGGCUAGUGCCGCCGGCCGCCAGACCAUCUGUAUCUUCGAGCUCGGUUGACCAGCAGCCCGUGUCGGCCCGUUCAGCAUCUUAUCUUCGGCCCGUUGAGCCCCAACCCAAUUCUUCUCUUUAUCCUUCUGUGCCCACCGCCCGUCCGCCUCAACCUCAACCGGUCGACACGACACCAGAAGAGGCACAGCCGCCAUCUGCUCGGUCAAGCCGGUCACCUUCUUAUGGUGGCUCUAUGGAUCAACCUUUGUCUGCUCGUUCGGUUGGCCGGCCCAAUUUGAGGGUUAAGACGGUGCCACCUGGCGUGCCUUUGUCGGUUAAGCCGGUGCAGGGGAGUUCAGCUGAUUCUCAACCUGAUAAAAGCAGGGAUAAAAGGUUAUCGCUCGAUUUUGGAACAUUCAAGUAUAAAGAGCCCACUGGCCAGCAGUCUUCUUCUGCUCUUCAAGAUGAGCUUGACAUGCUUCAAGAAGAAAAUGACAGCUUAUUGGAAAAGCUGAGGAUAGCAGAAGAAAGGUACGAGGAAGCCGAAUCAAGAGCUCGGCAGCUUGAGAAACAGGUUGCAUCUCUAGGAGAAGGUGUAUCAUUAGAAGCUCGGCUUUUGAGCAGGAAGGAAGCAGAACUUCAAAAACGAGAGGCCGCUCUAAAAGCCGCCACAGAAACCUACGGUGGGAGUAGUGAUGAGAUCGCUGCCCUCCGAGCAGAAGUCGAGACUGCAAGGGACGAAGCCAUAUCAGCUAUGGAGCUUCUCCACGACGUUGAAAGUGAAGUCAAAUCACUUAGAACAACGACACAGAGAAUGAUAUUGACUCAAGAAGAGAUGGAAGAAGUUGUUCUCAAGAGGUGUUGGCUUGCCAGGUGCUGGAAUAUAUGUGUCAGCUAUGGUAUUCAUGCUGAUAUAGCUAGCGCAAGGCAUGAAUACUGGUCAUCUUUUGCUUUACGUCCUGUUGAAGUCAUAUUGGCUGCAGGAAGGAAAGCAAAGAAUGAAAAUUCAUCGAAUAAUAGUGAUUUGGAAGAAAGGGAGAAUAUUCUGGAAGCCAAGGAUGAAAUUUCAAACAAGCCUAACGUUGAGAGCAUGCUUUCGGUUGAAAGAAGUCUUAGGGAAUUGACCUUACUUAAGGUUGAGGAGGCAAUAGCUAUAACAUUGGCCCAAAAGCGUCGCCCGAAUAUCGUAAAACCUGAUGAACUAAAACUGCCAGCAGAGGGCCAAAAUUUUGCGGAAGCGUUUGAACUAACUCCAGAGGAGUCUGAAGAUGUGCUUCUAAAGCAGGCUUGGCUGAUGUUUAUAUGGAGAAGAGCAAAAAAUCAAGGCCUUGAACCGGACAUUGCAGAGGACAGACUACAAAAUUGGAUCAACCAAGGAAAUAAACAACCUAAUUCGCACGAUGCAGUAGACGUCGAGCGUGGUUUGAUGGAGCUCCGGAAGUUGGGUGUCGAGACAAAAUUAUGGGAGGAGUCUCGUAGAUCGAUCGACCCAGAUUCAACCCAGAAAACACUAUUGGAAACCGAAUAUCAAAUUUUGGCCUAAGAAAUUUUGAUUUAUUCAUUUUGCAGUCCCAUUGUUCUUGCCAUUCAGGACAUCCUUGUACCACUUUGUUGCAGUCUAUUCUUUAAUUCAUUUUCAAUUGUAUGAGUAGAGUUUUGGAUUUUUUUUUUCUUUGUUUUCUUUUUACUAUAUUUUUGUGAAAUAACUUGAUAUUUAUAGAUCAAUAAACUUUACAGGCAAAUUCGAAAGUGCCCACACCGA